AUGGGAGGGCUUCGUGCGGUCGAAGAUCGGCCUACGCCAAAGGAGGUCUACAACUGGCGCCUCUAUAUCGAGUCUUCCAUUAUUGCCAUGGGAUCACUCCUGUGGGUAUCCUUGAUUUUGUUGAGAUCAUCCGAGAGAUUGAAGUUCGGAUAUGACUCGGCCUUUAUCGGAACGACGAUUGCACGCAGAAGUUUCGUGAACGACUUUGGCAUCACUCCGGAUACGUCAAAGGAGAUAUCUUCCAACAUUACUUCAGCUUUCCAGGCUGGCGCAUUGGGCGGCGCCCUUAUGUGUUUUUUUAUCACUGAACAUGUUGGCCGGAAGUGGGCACUCAUCAUCAGCAAUCUUGUCUUCCUCGCCGGUGCUAUCCCCAUGGUAGCGGCCACGAACAAUCUUGCAUCCAUGUACGCUGGUCGAGCCCUGACCGGCUGGGGCUGUGGUGUUAUCACAGCAACUGUUCCUUCCUACAUUGCCGAGCUGUCUGUUCCCUCAAUCAGAGGUAUUCUAACUGGUCUCUUCGAGGUCACGUAUCAAACGGGUUCCCUAAUUGGUUUUUGGAUCAACUACGGCAUCAACCAGAACAUGGAUCCUAUGAGCUCUGCGUCUUGGCGUUUACCAAUGGCCGUCCAGCUGAUUCCGUCAGGUGCCUUGCUAGCCGGCGGGUUCCUUCUACAUGAGUCGCCUCUUUGGCUAUAUCGUAAAGACAGAGAGGAAGAGGCACAGAAAAACCUUGUCGCGCUGCGACACCUACCAAUCGACCACCAAUACAUGAAGGAGGAAGUCGACAUGAUCCGGGCUCGGUUGGCCGAAGAAGUUUCCGUCGCGGCAACGUACGGUGGCGGUUUCUACGCCUACAUCCGAGGGUCCUUGCAUGAACUAUCACGUAAGGGCAUGUGGAACCGUUUGCUCCUCGUGUUCUGCGCGUUCGCUCUGCAGAACAUGUCCGGUGCUGCUGCCAUUAACUACUACUCACCUAUGCUUUUCGGCUCUAUUGGUAUCACCGAUGUGGCCUUGUACACCGGCAUCUAUGGUCUUGUGAAGGCCGUUGCGUCCAUCAUUUUCUAUGGUGCACUUAUCGAUAUUUGGGGCCGUCGCAGACCUACCAUCAUUUCUUCCUUGGCCUGCUGCCUUUGCCUAUGGUUCGUUGGCGCUUAUGUCAAGGUCGCGAACCCGGCGCCAGUAAUCGCAGCUGGGGGAAAGCUUUCCGCCUCAACCGAGGCGGGAGGCCGGGCUGCAACUGCGGCUAUAAUGAUCUAUUCUGUUUUCUGGUCAUUCGGUCUCAACGGCAUUCCUUGGAUCGUCUCAGCCGAAAUCUUCCCAGGCGCCCUUCGCAACCUAACCGGAACGUUCGCAGCUUUUACACAAUGGCUGAUCCAGUUCAUCAUUACGAAGGCCCUGCCAUACAUUUUCAGCAGUCUCGACUACGGUGUUUGGUUUUUCUUUGCCUGCUGGAUGCUAACGGCUACCGUCUGGGCCUAUUUCUUCUUGCCGGAGACGAAAGGUGUCACAAUCGACCAAAUGGACCUUCUCUUGUGCGUCUUUUUCUGGCAUGACCCUCUUCUAAUUAUGAUUUAG